AUGAAGUGGUUAAAGAGCAAGGUAGAAGGGAAUCUGGAUAGGUGGAUAGAGGAUAAGAGUGAAUAUAAUCUAUAUAACAUAAUAAAUAUAAUAAACGAUGAUAACGUUAAGGAUUUGGUUAAAUGCGUUAAAAGUAGAUUGAAGACGGAGUAUAUGGACAUGGAAUACUUGAUGUUGGUAUUGGUGGAGGUGGAUAUAUUCGCAGCAGCUAUAAAUAAUGCAAAGACUAUCUCGGUAAUCGUUGAUUAUAAUGAGCUGUUCAUUAAACUCUACUUGAAGUUGAUCAACUCAAAUCACUUGAUUGUUGAAUCAUUUGAACACAAGUAUCAACCCAUUUUGAUCUUAUACGAUGGUCUAUUUGAACACUCUUAUUCCUCUCAUCAAUUAGCCCAAAUUAAUCUAACCAAUUCAGUCAAAGUUUCACUUGAAUUGCUCAACAAUUGUCUCAUUUAUAAUAAGUUAGACGUGGUCGAAUUCACUGAUAGUUAUAAAGCAUGUCUUGAUUUCCACAAUACUUACAAAGACUCCUUAAACACCUUACAGCUCACCGCCUCCUCCUCACGCCUACAACGCGACCAGUCCAUCGCUUUCUCCAUCGAUUGUUACAAGAUUGCUGGUAUUCUGGACGACUACAGAGACACUUACACCCCAGAUGAACUCAUUUUACACCACACUCGCGCCCUUAUCGAAGAAAUUCAAAACAGUCUCAAUGAAUACCACCAUCUAUCCCUCCACAUCAAGCAAGACGAGGAAUUGCAUCUCGUUACUCAGCAAUCCAUUCACGAUACACGCUUCGAUAGGUCUAAACAUCCACCCACACCCACACAUUCACUUCACUCACUCCAUUCACACUCCCAAUCUCACCAUCAACACUCAUCUCAACAAUCCUUCAGUUUUGAAAGGAUUCCUUAUAGCACUUCGAUUCCAUCCGAUUUAGGUGGCAGCAGCAUGUCCACUCACAUACCAAUUGCUUUUGAGUUGGCUAAUAAGGGUAAGCUGGGUCUGAUGGCAAACAUGGUAAAUAGAAGUAACGACUACGAUAUCAUCACUCCCCUUCCAACGCACAAAUCAAUUCAGAAAAGAAGACAGCUCGAUGAUUAUCACCCUGGGAAUAGCUACAACGACCAAAACCAAGAUAAUGAACAUGACUACGAUUAUGACUACGAACACGACCACGAGCAUGACCAAUCCACCUCUCCCUCUGAGUAUUAUCAACCUUCACAACAACUCGAGGUUGACCAUGAUAUUCAACAAUACCACGACCAAGAGCAUCACCAUGACAUGUUCCAAGACUGCUCUCCAUAUGCUGGCAUCGUAGAGUGCACCACCCCGACAAGACCCACAAAGUAA